CACUAACCCCAAAGAAAAUUCUUUUGCAAUUUGGGCCUUGAAUUACUCCCCACGUCGAUUAAGUGUAAAAUCAUGAAUGGAAGCCCAGGCUCAAAAAAGAGGAAAAGUGAAAGCAAAAUAUGCUUCUCCUUGCUUUGUGAACAGUGACAGACGCCGCUGCUCAACCGCCUUAGCCAAAGCUAAAAUGUCAAGGUUUCGCGGGUUAUGGCAAGCUUCUUGGAAUGCAACCAAGAAAGCUCUGACAUGGAACGUUGAAGAUUGGAUUCCUCCAACUGAAAGAUACAUAUUCAAUUUCAGCUCAAAAGAGGAGCUCAAAAAAUGGCAUCUUUAUUCUGAUUCUGAGUUUGGGGGGUUGUCGUCGGCUUCAUUGGAGAUCAAAGAUGAUGGAAAUAAAUCAUGUGGAGUUUUCUCUGGGAACCUUUCACUGGAUGUAUGUGAAGGCACAAAAUGGAAUAUAGCUAGGGGCGGCUUCUGUGGAAUGAGGUCCAAGAAGUUUGAUGGCUUCAUUGAUUUGGAUGCAUACGAUACAAUAGCAAUUAAGCUCAAAGGAGAUGGGAGAAGCUACAUAUCUACAAUUUAUACAGAGAAUUGGGUGAAUUCACCUGCACAGCUAGAAGAUAAUUCAUGGCAAUCUUUUGUUUGUGUACCCAAAGACAACUGGUAUAUUGCAAAGGUGCUAAAACAGGACCAGGUGAUUUCAGAUUGGAAGUUGAUUGGAUUAAAGCCCUGCGGACAGAAUGAAGUAUUGUGCUCUAGCUUACUGGACAUCGAGGCCUCAAAUUUUAUUUUAUAACAGUUUGUUCCGAUCAGUGCAAUUACCUUUCUACUAGCUUUUUCCUUCACUAAUACAUUUUUCAUAUGCUCUGCUAAACAUAAAAUCAUGCCUUGUUCUUUUGCCAUUGAUACCUCCAAAAAUGAGAAUAACACUUCAACGAGUCCACUCAACAACAACAAAAAAAAAAAGAAAAAGACGAUGGGCUGGUUUCCCCAGCUGUUGGAUUCAGCCUAACAAAACCAUUAGGACACUCUGAUAGCCCCAACUAAUGGAUGAAACUCAUAUUUAUAACACGGGUUGAGACUCAAGUUUUAAUCCAUGCAGCUCCUGAACUUUGACUCGUGCUCGGGUCGUGACCAAUAAGCAGGUCAGAAAUGGACUGAGGGAGGAGCAAAUGGCUGUUUAGCUCCAUUAUUUACGUCAAGACCUAGCUGCGUUUAUGACAAGCAUUCAUUUUGAAACAAUUCUAAUCCAUAUUGUCGGUGGGAGAGUAAAAAAAAAAAAAUCCAUUUUCUUUGAAAAUACUCGCUUCCUAAAUUGUGAUGUGUGAACGGUAUAAAUGGUCGUUUCAUUGUCAAUUUCGGAAAAAAAAAAAAAAAAAAGAAGAAAAAGGCUAGACCCUAAAUGAUAAGUCUAUCAUCGACAAUUCCUAGCUCGACUAACUAUCCAUUGCAAUUCGGAGUAAAAUUGUAAAUAGAAAAAAUUAGUAUUUAGAAUUGGAAAAUUUUAAAUGUGCCCAUG